AUGGUCGACGCCAAUGCCACCUUGGAGACCCUCCGGGGUAUUAAAAAUACGAUAAUAGGGAACCCAACCCAGAAGAAGGAGCUUGCAGUAGACGGAACCUUGCGGAGAGUCCUGGAUUGGGUAAAUGCAAGCGAACAAACUGGAGAUCCAAUAUUCGAGUCCAUUAGGGCAGAAGCAGCACAUAUUAUUGCUUCCCAAGCGUAUGGCCCUCCUGAAGCACUUGUCUCGGUGCUCGAAGCUCAGGCUCCUCAGGCUCUCCUAACAGCACUCAAGGACGAACGAACACAGGCAGCUUCUAGGUUGACUCUCGCCCUUACUCGGGCACUUCGGGCUGUUAUUACCGCAGCUGCGGAGACUAUUGGUCCCGGAAGAUGGCACUUCCUGCGCGAUCCCGCUCAUCCGGCGCGUAUGGAAGCUAGGCUUGUAAUUGAAGAUAUGUUCUCGAAUGAGGGGCUUGAAGUAAUCCUCCCAUACCUUUGGCAUCCCGAGCCUGAUGUGCGCAGAAAUGUGGCGAUACUCCUGGCGCGAGGGAUUUGUAGUGAUACUCAUCGCACUAGAAUAAUUGAUUACGAUGAAAGAAGUGCAAUUUGGGCAUUGAUUGGCAUGUUAGGAGGAAACGUUCGGAACCAAUCAGCAGCGACCUAUGCAUUGGCAGAAAUUACUAGGGACAAUGAAACGAUGUCGCGUAUCCUUACCCACCGCAUUCCAGUCAACGUGUUGUCUCAAGCUAUGGGCGCGAUGGCUUCCGGGUCCAUCUGGGUGCGAGGGAACAAUCCGAUGGCCAGCAAUGGUUUACCCGAGCGGUCGCGACCGAGCAUUCACAUCCCCGGCUCAGAACCCAGCCUACUAUCUAUGACAAGGCCAUCACGCAACUCGGAAAGCUCUGACCAGAUCAAGGACGAACAUAUAAGGGUGCUAGAUAUGAUAUGCAAGUUGCUGCCAUCUAGGGACGGAGAUCUAAGAGAAGCGGCGUGCCUAUGUGUCUCCACUAUCACUCGUCAAGUUCGCCCUACAAACGUUUUCCGGGAUUCGAUUCAUUCUAUGGUAAUGUGGCUCAAUCUUGCCCUGGAGGAAUUCGUGCCUUUGCCCGAAUUUGGCCUUCUGGAACCAACCGCUAGCUCUGGGUCCCAGACAGAAUGGAUGAAAAAAUGUAGAUGGAAAUCAAACGAAAUCGGAGGGGGAGAAAUUGCAAGGAGGGUAGUUGGCGCUUGCUACAUCCUCGCCGACUUCGUAAACGACCGUCAAGAUCUCUUGGCUUAUGUAGUCCACGCUGGGACUCUUCAACGCGCAGUCCACGCGUUACUUACUUUACCACCCGUGCCCAUUCCACCUGGUAAACCAUCCCCGGCUCUUAGUGGUCGAUGGGGUCCAGGAUCAAGUUCCAGUCCCAGUUCUGGGGUCCCCGCCCCAGUUGCCCAACCUCCUUCCCCAACAACUUCUAGCCGGUCUCCUUCCAGGCCCCGAAGGAUCAGCAACGUAUCUCGAGCUCCCGGGUUUUUUGUUCCUCCUAACGGGCCGCCUGGCUAUACCCCUGUUCCAUUGGAACUUGUAAACGCACCAACACGAGGACGUUCCGAAGCCUCGUCUUUGACAGUCCCCACAGUGCCUCCUCCGCUAGCUUCUCCCGUUCCUCCCCCAAUCUCUCCGUCCGCCGUCGCUCCGGGGCCCAUUUCCCCCGGAGGCCCGCCAUCACCUACCCAGAGAAGAAGAUUAUCGUUUGCUGAACUUGCGAGAAGAGGUUCCGAACCUGGCAUUCAGACGUUCACACCCCGUGCUCCUUCGCGUGCGAGAAGGACUUCGUCUAGUACCGGUGUUGCAUCUGUACCUCCAGUUCUUCCAGAAGGUACCCCUGUUGCCGGAGAGGGCGCUCCUGUUACAAUUGGCGGGGAGCCUGAUGCUUCUGUUUCAACUGAAACAAGUAGAGCUCAUAACCCAGAAACUCACACUAACGAUGCAAUGGCGGUGGAUACUGAGUCAAAUCAAAACCCAGGGAAGUCUAAUGAAGAUUCUGCAAUGGCUUCUGUUCAACCAUCACCUUCAGCGGCUCCGUCUAACCCUACUGAUACGGUGAUGUCCAAUCCAGCAACAUCUCAUACGACUAGUUCUGCGCCUCCAGCUCCCACUCCUACCGUCCGUCGUCGCAAAAAGCCUCCUCCAGACCCAGCACUCGGACCGUAUACGUUUUCAACAUCCGCAUCCACCCAACUGAAGCAAGCAUCAUCCACGCAUCUCCCGCCGGCCCCAGAAGCCCCACUCCGAGCAGCCUUGCUGGUUCUUCUUUCAUCGUUGUGUAUGCAUUCCGACGAAUGUCGCAGGACGUUUGUCGAGUACAAAGGGCUCGGGAGUGUUGUUUCGUCUGGACGCCGCACCGGGGCCAGCGCUCCGCCCGGGAAACCGGGCGAAAUCGACGGGGUUACGGGAGUACUGGGCGCCAUGGGCAGUUUGGAUGCCGAGGUCAGGUGGGCGGGGGUUAUGCUUGGGAGGGCGGUUGCGAGGAGCACGGGCGUGCUUAGGACGGGGUUGUAUGACUCGGGAAUUGGCCGUGCGACAUUCGAGAUGCUCAUGAAUGGAGAACCAGAUAAGCGAGUGCUUGUUGCUGUGCUGAAGAUGUGCUGCAAUCUGCUUAAUCAGUACUCUCCGAUGCGCGAGAUGUUCAUACGCGAUGGAGGUAUGCAAAAGAUCACAGAAUUGUGCGAGGCGGAGGAACAGACUAUUCGCCACCUCUCAUUAUGGGCUUUCAAGAACUCACUGUUUAGAGCGACUCACGAGGAGAAGGAAACGCUCAUGCGAAUACUCGGUUGGGAAAGGCUUGAACGUGCACUGGAUGAACAUCCCGGAGAGUCACUCGAACAGGCGCUGGGCAUUGUUCGAAAUAUAUCCCACUCCGAGUCUGACGCCGAAUGGCUAAUCACGCACAUCUCCCCCGCCAAACUGCUCGGAGCUGCCGAACGUACAAUUGGGGGAGACGAUAGCGCCUCGGUCGCGUCCCUCUUUGCGCUCGCCCAGGUUGCGCAUAUACCCUCGGUCCGACUCUUGAUCAUCUCUCGCCGCCGGAUUCUCGAGUAUAUUCGUUCGAGUCUGGCGCAUUCAGAGGUGCAGACUAGGAGUGCGGCUGCGUUGUGCGUUGCUCAGAUGGCCGGGUGUAUGCCGCGUCGGUUGAGAGAGAUGAGGGAGGUGGGGAUCGACGGGCAGCUGAAGCUUCUGAGAGGAAGGGAGGCGGAUGAGGAGAUAAGGGAUAACGUGCUGAGGGCGUUGGUGUUCUUCGAGUCGAGAGACGGUUGA